GUCAGUAAUAAGCUGCAACAGUUGCGUUUUUUUGGGGGGCUGAACCGUUUGUUUUCUUUCCCGCGCUGUGUGUUUUGUAUGUGAGGCGUAUAUAUAACCGCCGCUGUCUUUAACGGUUUUUUGCGGGUAUAUUUGUAUGCACGGACGAACCGAACAUCUUUUGUCUGGGUUGAUGUUAAAGGAAAGCUCGUUGGAAGAUCUAUUUGACGCCGAAUGUGUGAAUGAUCACGUCUGUAUCUCGUGUUGAUGCAUUCUGGUGGGUUUGACCCACACAUGGACUAAGUGGACGAUCUUAAAACAUCUACAACUUCAAGGCAUUUGGACACCAUCAUCUGCAGAACACCUAUAGGUUUUGGGCCAGUUUUGGCUGCUGCUGUAUGCCUCAGGCUCAGCUCUGAUGUUACCGGUUGAAACGGGUCGACUGUGAGAGGACGGAUUCCCUCAGCUAUGUCUACCUUUGAGGCGACCUGGCCUGCGGGCACCGAGUGUGUGGCCAGGUACAACUUCCCUGGAACGGCAGACCAGGACUUGCCCAUGUGCAAAGGAGAUGUGCUUACUAUAGUUGGAGUAACUAAGGACCCUAAUUGGUACAGAGCGAAAAACUCUGCUGGACGAGAGGGCACCAUCCCAGCAAACUACGUUCAGAAGAGAGAAGGAGUAAAGUCCGCCAGCAAACUGAGCCUUAUGCCAUGGUUCCAUGGAAAGAUCACACGCGAGCAGGCUGAGAGACUGCUCUACCCCCCAGAAACAGGCCUCUUCCUGGUGCGUGAGAGCACCAACUACCCUGGAGACUACACCCUUUGUGUCAGCUGCGACGGCAAGGUGGAGCAUUACCGCAUCAUCUACCACAACGGCAAACUGUCCAUCGAUGAGGAGGAGUACUUCGAAAACCUCAUGCAGCUCAUGGAGCACUACACUAAAGAUGCAGAUGGACUCUGUACGCGACUCAUCAAACCUAAAAUCAUGGAGGGGACUGUGGCAGCCCAGGAUGAGUUCUCCAGAAGUGGCUGGGCUUUGAAUAGAAAAGAACUGAAGCUUAUCCAGACUAUUGGAAAGGGAGAGUUUGGAGAUGUGAUGGUUGGAGACUACAGAGGAAAGAAAGUAGCGGUGAAGUGUAUCAAACAUGAUGCCACAGCACAGGCCUUCGUUGCAGAGGCUUCAGUCAUGACUCAAUUACGGCAUAAUAACCUGGUGCAGCUGCUGGGGGUGAUCGUGGAAGAAAAGGGCAGCCUUUACAUCGUCACUGAGUACAUGGCCAAGGGUAGUCUUGUGGACUAUCUGCGCUCCAGAGGUCGUACUGUUAUCGGUGGAGAUCGUUUGAUCAAUUUCUCAAUGGAUGUGUGCAAGGCAAUGGAAUAUCUUGAGGCCAAUAACUUUGUGCACCGGGACCUUGCCGCUCGUAAUGUUCUUGUGUCAGAGGACAACAUAGCUAAAGUCAGUGAUUUCGGCCUCACCAAGGAAGCCUCGUCUACUCAAGAUACAGCCAAACUCCCUGUUAAGUGGACUUCACCUGAGGCCUUACGAGAGAAGAAAUUUUCCACUAAGUCGGAUGUAUGGAGUUAUGGGAUCUUACUGUGGGAGAUCUAUUCUUUUGGUCGGGUACCAUAUCCAAGAAUUCCUCUAAAGGAAGUGGUCCCGCGUGUAGAGAAGGGUUAUAAGAUGGACUCCCCCGACGGCUGUCCUCCAGUGGUGUACGACAUCAUGAAGCAGUGCUGGACUCUGGAUGCUGUGGUGCGGCCAAGCUUCAGAGACCUUCGAGAGAAACUGCAAGAUAUCAUAACCAAUGAGCUCUACCGAUAAAAAGACUGAAGAAGAGUACAAACACCUCCAUGGGACCAUCCUCAUUCAAUCUGACCAAAUCUACUCUUAAAGAGGUGGACUUGACAAACAUCACAAGUUACGUUUGCAAGCGCGUUCUUUUCUUCUCGCUCUCUCUUUCUCUCUCUCUACAUCUUUUACUUUGCUUGGUUUUCUUAAUUUUGGGGAGGCUGGCCUUCUCUAUACAACUCACCUCUUUUUGAUUCAUAAGAUCUUCAGCCUCCUCUGACCUCAUAUGUCUUCAUAUUCUCCCCCAUUAUGGAUUUUUGAUUUGAUGAUGAAGUACUUCCUGCUAAAAAUAUGAUGAUAAUAAUCAGUAUUAGUAUAAAAAACACAACAAAUAUAAUGAAAAUUAUUCACAGGACUUUUUGGCCCUGUUGAUUCUGCAAAAUCCUAAACCAAAAAGCAAUAAUUGGCACUUAGAGAUCAUAUCCUCAUCCUAUUUUCAUUUCCAGUAGCCGGUGAAAUACAUGAGGAAGUCUUUCUUCUAUUUCACAGUGCCUUUAUGCCAGAAGUCUGUUUUACCUCAGAGCUUGCCUUUUUUUGUUUGUUUUUUUGCAUAAUUUUUUAUACGUUGUUUAAAAGCGCUUGCGUUUCCUGCUUUUUUGCAUCUCAUCUUUCCACACAUGUCAGUCUGAGCCUCCAAACCGGAAUGGAUGAAUAUAAACAUGGAAUAUAAACACAUUUCAAAUGAGAUGUGGCUUGGGUGGAAGCCAGAAUGCUUUAAUUCAGUAUAAAUAAAUAAAUAAAAUAGUAAGACAAAGAAACUAUACUAAAAGCCCACAAGUACAGAUUUGUGGAAUAUUUGUUCUAUAAGUCAUAUGCUGAUUAUUAUUUUUUUUUGGUCGUCGUGAAGGACUUGAUUUUACUCGCAGUGCUUUAUUUUUUCUUCUUUUUAAACAUUUUUUGCUGCCACAUUACAAAAGAAAUCAUUCCACCAGAACAGUUUGAUAAAAAGAAAGUUAAACAAAAAAUAAAAAGGCUGCCAAAAAGCUUGGAA